ACGCCUCCCACGUGACACGGUGGGGGGGAGCUGUCGGUUUCCACGGUAACCCGGCCCCGCUCCUGAGUUACCCAUAGGCCCGGCAGCGAGUGGGCCCCGCUGGGCUGGGUCCGCCAAGGCGUGGCACGGGCCUCGCUGCCCGCUCCUGGGACCCGUUGGCCAUGUGCCCAGGCUGGGCCCGCCCCGCCCCGCCCGGCAGCUGGCGCAGCCCCCGCGGAGGGUGAUGCGUGACCCGCAGGACUCUGCAUUGCCCGGGCCCCGGCUGCAGGUGUGGGGCCGUGAUGCGCGGCCUGGCCUGGGAGAAACUCUCACUCCACGUAUCUCCGCCGGAGCGGUGCCACGGAGGGGCCAGCUUUUUAGAGAUGUGGUCGCCCUCUCUAGUGUGCUCGGCGGUGGGGGGCUCCUCAGCCGGCAAGCCGGAGCCCGGAGCCCGGUUCUGUGACUGCUACCCUGGUCCGGAGCAGGGAAUAGUAACAGACGGGUGGUAACUUUGCCUUAAUGGAAAGUUUUUUUUAAAAAAUCCAGUGGGCACUGCUGGCAAGGUUGGUCUUAGUGAGAUGUGUUCGGAGUUCUCCCUGUUGUGACUUAUCCCCAAACACAUCUGUGCUGAUUGUUCUCUGGUUUACACCCCAUGCAACUUGGCCCUUUGAGUCUGGCCUCAAAUCCUGCCAGGGAUGCCCAGGUAGCUUUUCCCCCAGAGGUGUUGUGAGUUUUUAUGUUGAUAAAGCACAUCAGAGACUUUGGAUGGAAGAUGCUGAGAUAUGAUGGAAUCAUAACAGAUCCAGAGAUGUCAACUCUUGUGAUUUCAUCUCAAGUCUCCCACAUGAGAAUCUCGGCAUUCAUUUAAAAAAAAAAGGGGUGGGGGAAUGUGUCUGGUCUUCCUGGCUGUUGAGGAAAGCUUGAAAACAUGACCUGAGUGGAUCUUACAGGCUCAAAAACCAAAAGACAAAAAGAAUCCAAAAUUUGUCUUAAAAAUCAUGAGAUUAAAAAUAACAAUCUCAUUAUUUUGGGGGACCCAACUCAUUUUUUAACGUUUAAGGUUGGAUGGCAAGACUGCCAAUAAGGCUUUACUCCGGUGACAUUCUUAUUGGAGGCCCAGAUCCUGCAAAUAGUUCCUCAUGGGCUUAUCUUUAUGCACAAGAGCAGUUCUUGUUACCUAAGUGAGACUACUGACAUGCUUAACGUUAAGCACAAGCUGUUUGAACCUAUUGGGUUAGUAGAGUUAUGCAAUUAAAGAGUCACAGGAGCUGCUUCAUUUUGCCAUGUGGAUGGCAACGCUUUAUAGACUCUGUACUGAUAUAUGCCACUUCUCAAGAGAUCUAAGAAAUAAAAAGAACCUUGUUGUCCUAUUUUAUAUAUUGUCUUUGACCCAGAAAUAACUGCUCCUUUAAACUAGAGAUGAGCUUGACCUGGAAAAAGAGGCUCAAUACCCCCUCCCAGAAUCUGAAGAAGUUUGGAUGCAGAUACUCUGCCUAUCUCUGUAACUGGUUGGACUGGAAUCCCCAAUCCAGACAUCCAUGAAUUUUGGAUUUACAUCUGAUUCCAGACUCAUUCUUGGUGAGGAACAGCAGUGUUUUAGAGCCUGUGACAGCAGUAGCAAACAUCCCCUGAGCCAGGUCCCUGUUGGCUGCCACAGGAUCACACUCUACAGAUGUUUUACUCCAAUUUUGGCCCUUGCAGGAAGGAAAAGAGUGGGGAGAAAAUCAAUUUUUUUCAGUAAAGAAGAAGUGAACUCCUCAAUAUCCAACAGUUCACUUCCACAUCUCUUUCUUCUGUGGCAGCUGAGAAGUUUUUUGAAAGCUAUACAUGUAGAGCCAGUUUCUGCAGUUUCAUCAAGCAAAUGCCUUUUGAUUUCAGUGAGAGUUUUGUACAAGUCCUGAACAAGAUACUAUUUUUAUUGUAGUCACUUCCUACCAUGAAAUUUCUAAAGCAAGAGGGCAAGUAAGACGAGCUGUUUUCCUCUCCUUCAUGCCCUUUUUCUAUGUGAAGGCUCCCUCAGCCUGGUGAUUACAAAUAAAACCUUACUUUGGGCUAUUGUCAGUUUUGGAGCCACUCUCAGCAAAAAAAAAACUUUCAUAUGAAAGGCAGCAGACUGUUGUGACUGUGCUAAAUGAGUGUUCAUCAGGGGGCAGGGACACUCUGGAAAUUAUGAUUUGCAUGGAGAUGAACACUCUUUUUUUUUUUUCUUCUUCAAGAGUAUGACACAGUAGAAAUUUAUCACCAAUGAAAUAAGAGCACAGGCAUGUAAAAGAACUCGUAGACCUCCUGAGUGCCAUAUUAUACUCCAGACAACAGUCAUAUUUGUCAGCUUGGAUAUAGUAGAACUGUGUAGUGCAGGAGUCUCUAAAGGAAGUGAAGUGUGGGGAAAAUGACCUGUGAACUGAAUCUGAACUUCCUUAAGGAAUUGGAACGAGAGACAGUUUUACAGGUCCUGUACCGUGACCAGAUGCUGAGAAAAGUGGAUGAGGAAAGGAUAAGGAAAUUGAAAAUUCAGCUGCAGCAACUUCGUUGGAAGGGGGCAAAAAGUAUAAGCCAUGAAUACCAAGAAAGAUCCUGCGCUCGCUGUCAGAAAUCCUUGGGACUGGUGAUGAAUAGAGGUGCAGUGUGCAAUGGAUGCAGUCAUCGAGUGUGCUCUGAGUGCCGUGUCUGCCUGAAUCCCUAUUUGUGGAAAUGCACCAUCUGUUAUGCGUAUGGAGACAUUAAAGUGAAGACUGGGGAAUGGUUUUUUGAGGAACGUGCCAAGAAAUUCCCAGCUGACGAUAAACACGAAACAGCUGGUGCAAAGCUCUUGAAAUCUUAUCAAAAACUGAGUAAAAUUUCUGUGGUUCCUCCUACUCCCCCUCCUUUCACUGAAACCACCAGGGGAAACACCGCAAUGGAAAUCAGUCAAUCUAAAAGUUUUAAUAAGUCUGUGGAAAACUUGUUUCUGUCUCUUGCCACAAAUAUGAAAAAAAUCUCAAAGUCCCAGAAUGAUAUGAGGGCUGACAAAAGUCUCCUAACUACAGAUUACGGGCAGGAAAUGGAAAAGAGGAAGGAAAGGAGGAGUCAGUCUGACACUGCCAUCGAUAUUGCAAACAGGAUAAAAAAUAUACCAAGCUUUCAGCAACUCAUCAAUGGGGUGUGGGACGACAAUGAAGUUUUCACCAAAAGAUAUUGCAAGCAGGGAGAAGACAUUUCAACCAGUCCCAGAAGUGACGCUGUAUUCUGUGGUGGCAAAAAACACGGUAGUUUAUAUAGCAUUAACAGCACUUGCACCGAGGCUGGCAAUUUUGACAUGGCUAAUGUCACAGGAGAAAUAGAGUUUGCCAUCAGAUAUGUCUUUAAAGCCUGCACUUUAGAAGUCUGCAUCAAGGCCUGCAAGAACCUGGCUUACGGAGAAGAGAAGAAGAAAAAGUGUAACCCGUAUGCAAAGACUUAUUUGCUUCCCGAUAAAUCAUCUCGGAGUAAACGGAAGACAGCUGUUAAAAAGAACACAGUGGAUCCAGCAUUCCAUGAAACUUUAAAGUAUAAGAUUGACUACUCCCAGCUGGAAACACGACAGCUUCAAAUAUCUGUGUGGCACUCAGAAACACUCAAGAGAAGGGUGUUCCUUGGAGAAGUGGUUGUUCCAUUGGCAUCUUGGAAUUUUGAAGACAAUUCAACACAGUCAUUCAAUUGGUACCAGCUUAAAGCGAAGUCUGAAAAGCCUGAAGACAACCUGGUUCAGUACAACGGAGAACUCCUGGUGUGUGCAAAACUGAUCUUACCAUCCCAGUCUAAAAAAUGCCAGUAUGAAGAGCAGACGAAAGGAGGGAGAGAAGACCAAGCAUCUGCUGAUGGCCAGCUUCACCUUGUGGUGCUUGGAGCCAAGAACUUGCCUGUGAUGAGAUGUGGUGGCACUUUGAACUCAUUUGUUAAAGGUUGUCUCACUCUCCCGGACCAACAUAAGAUAAGACAGAAGUCUCCUGUCCUGAAGAAAGAGGCCUGUCCUCAGUGGAAUCACCCGUUUGUCUUCGACGGUGUGACCCCAUCUCAGCUACAGCAAUCUUGUCUGGACUUGGCCGUCUGGGACCAGGCAUCUUUUGGCUCAAAUGAACGGUUCCUGGGGGGAGCCAGGCUUAGCACAAAAGAACCAUCUGGCACCUGGGAUUCAGACCCCCAGUCAAAACUUCAGUGGCAGAAAAUACUCAGCAGCCCAAACAUCUGGAUAGAUAUUACACUUAUGCUGCAUUCAAAUAUGGACACUUAAAUCCAAAUAGCGCCCAUUUGACAAGCAUAUCCUUUCCAACUGCUUGCACAUGGAAGAAAGCAUUAUACUCAAGGUUAAGCAACAUGGCAUGCUUCUGGUCACUUCUGCCUUCUGGAAAGAAACAUCCUUUGAAAAGAGCUUUCCACAAGUAAGCCACCUGUAGCUAUACAUAGAGCAGAACUGUGUAAUUAGAAUCAUUACAAACCUAAUAAAAUAUUCAACUGUCA